GUGGUACAGAUCUCCAUACGGCGUUGUCUCGUGCUCUCCCGCUUUACUCGUUGCCCAGGGAAAGUAGUCGCGAUGUCCGGAGGUCUCGACGUGCUGCAGAUGAGGGAGGAGGAUGUGCUGAAGUUCCUGGCAGCAGGAACCCAUCUGGGAGGAACCAACCUGGACUUCCAGAUGGAGCACUAUGUGUACAAAAGGAAGUCUGAUGGUGUGUACAUUAUCAACCUGAAGAAAACAUGGGAGAAGCUGCUUCUGGCAGCUCGUGCCAUUGUCGCCAUUGAGAAUCCAGCUGACGUCUGCGUCAUCUCUUCCAGGAACACUGGACAGAGAGCUGUGUUGAAGUUCGCCUCUGCCACCGGCGCCACCACCUUUGCUGGGCGCUUCACCCCCGGGACCUUCACCAACCAGAUCCAGGCUGCCUUCCGGGAGCCCCGUCUCCUGAUCGUCACCGACCCCCGUGCCGAUCACCAGCCCCUGACCGAGGCCUCCUACGUCAACAUCCCCACCAUUGCGCUGUGUAACACGGACUCUCCUCUGAGAUACGUGGACAUUGCCAUCCCCUGCAACAACAAGGGACACCACUCUGUGGGUCUGAUGUGGUGGAUGCUUGCCAGGGAGGUGCUCAGGAUGAGGGGAACCAUCUCCAGGGAGCACCCAUGGGAGGUCAUGCCUGAUCUGUACUUCUACAGAGAUCCUGAGGAGAUUGAGAAGGAGGAACAGGCUGCAGCGGAGAAGGCUGUCGGGAAGGAGGAGUUCCAGGGAGAGUGGACCGCCCCUGUGGCUGAGUUUGCUCAGCCUGAGGUUGCUGACUGGUCUGAGGGCGUGCAGGUGCCCUCUGUCCCCAUCCAGCAGUUCCCGGCAGGUAUGGAGGCUGCUCCCCCUGCAAAGGCUAACCCAGCUGCCACCGAGGUAUAUGCCGAGGAUUGGAGUGCCCAGCCUGCCACUGAAGAUUGGUCAGCUGCCCCCACUGCCCAGGCUUCUGACUGGGGCGGUGCUACUGCCGAUUGGUCCUAGGCGAUCCUUAUGAAACAUCAAUGUGAUAUAGCUUGCCUCAAGUGAAAUCAAUAAACAUGGUUGUUUAAAAAAAUGUC